AUGGACAUGGAUGAUACUGGCGACAUUUGCUGUAUGGCAUGUGGUCAAGACCUACAAACCGAUGAUUCAAUGAACAUAGGAAGAAGCCUCACAGGCGAUCUAUCCUACAGUAAUACCUCCAAAGCCUCACCUUCAUCACCUCUCCCCAUCAGAACUAUCCCGCGUAACGACUCAAAUCUCUCCCAAAUGCUCAACGAAAUGACGGAAUACGAGAAAUCCCAACCCGCAGAACGCGAACUAUCCAUCGAUUACUCGUACAGUACCACACGCGGCGUAUCCGUCGAAUACUCCUACAGCAGUAGAAAACCCCUUCAAGUUCUCCUCGACGAAAGCGACGAGGACGACGAUGACGAUCUGGAGUUCGAGGACGUUCUGCUUGAAGAUCUGCAAGAGAUACAGGCACGGGACGAGAUUGACACGAACGAACUUUCUCAAAUCCUAGCGGAAAAUCCAGUAUCAGACGCGACUACCACACCGCCAAAGUCACGCAAAGGCAGCAAAGACCUCCUCAAACGCAGUCCACGCAGCUCAUCCGGGAACUGGUUGUCGGCCUCCUUAGCCACCGCCGAAGCCGAACACGCCAAGUGGAAAGAAGCCGAAGACUACGAAGACGAGCUUAUGGAGAAGGGAUUCACGUUGGUCGACGCGAUUAUAUCUGAUGGCGAGCUGUUGCUGGAUGAAGAUCGGAAGUUGGCGCAGUAUCGAGCUAAUUACCCGAGUCCGUUGAGGAGGUGCUGGAUUGUGCCUAACGAGGAAGAGCAAUCGAAGGGGAAGUUAAACGGGAAGCAGGAUUCGGGGUAUUGGGAUUAUUUUGAUGAGGAGAUGGAGGUGGAUGGUGAGGGGCGGGAUGGGGUGAGGAUUUAG